GAUAUGCGUUGGGGCUGCCCCAACUGGGCUUCCAGGAAAGCGGGGCUUCUCUGUCUGUCAGGUGGUCCCCGGGUCGGCAGUCAGGGCUCUGAUGUGAAAGCCAGCUGCAGCAAAGGCCCUGUCCCCUCCUCUUCCUGAGGACCACUGCUACUGCAAAUGGAAGGACCACUGCCACAGCUGGCACCCGCCAGGCUGCUCUCUUCCUCUUGUUCCUUGGAGAAGUCUCUGCAGUGCAGCUGUUCCUUCCACGGGAUCCCCACACCCUCCGUGCGGUGGUGGAUGGGAGGCGUUCCUGUGAACGUGAACAGCACCGAUGGCAGCCUCCGGGUGACUUCCACCAUCCUUGGCCCCUGGGCCAACAGCACCAUCAGCCUGACGGAGCAGCCGAAACUGAGCACGAGGCUCCUCUGUAAGGGGAAGAACCAGAAUGGAACCCACGCUUUGAGCAUCCUGCUGAUACCAAGAAAGAGUUCUUCGCCCAGCAAGACUUUCAUUAAUGGGCUGAUCCAGGGCAUUGUCUAUGGAACCAUCGCAACCGCACUGCUGUUCCUCUGCUUCACCCCACUCCUAAACGGCAAAGAGAGGGGAAGUGACUUGCCCCACAGCAUCCGACCAGACGCAGAAACCAGAGCUCCACGUCCUAGAUAUUCUUGUGGCUGGGGCUCCUCUGACCUUGACUUGUACCAUCAAAAGCACCUGAAAAGCAAGCAAAGCCCCUUUCCUUUCCUGGAAUUGGCCCACCAUGUUCUCCAACACAGAGAGCUCCAGCAGCUCUUCCUCCAAUGGCUGCACUUCGCCUUGAAGCCUCAGGAUUACGACACCACUGUCCGAUGUUAUUUGAAUUUCUCUCCAGCUAUGUUCAGCGGAAGAGCUGUGGUCACAUUCCAAGUGGUCUCACCCACAAGGCUGCUCGAUCCCUCUUGUUCCUUGGAGAAGCCUCUGCAGUGCAGCUGUUCCUUCCAUGGGCUCCCCACACCCUCCAUGCAGUGGUUGAUGGAAGGUGUCCCUGUGAGUGUGAACAACACAGCUAACAUCCUCCAGGUGACUUCCACCAUACUUGGCGCCUGGAACAACAGCACCAUCAGCCUCAUCGGGGAGUCAGACAUACUCAUGAAUCUCCACUGUGAGGGGAAGAACGAAUAUGGAAUCCAUGCUUCACGCGUCUUCCUCCUACCAGAUAAGCAUUCAGGUUCCAGUGUGUUCGUGAAAGGGCUGACCCAGGGCAUUGUGUAUGGAUCCAUUUUAACCGCAUUGCUCCUCUUCUUCCUUGUCCUCCUCACAAUGAAAAUGCUUCAGUGGUGGGAGGACAGGAACAUUUCCAAGGCCAAAGAGGCCCCAGUCACCCAGAAGCCAGAGCUGCAGGAGGAGCCAGGAAUAGCUGUGAAGUCUGCAGCUGAAACCGCUGGGCAUUGGGUGGAGUCUAGGGGGCUUGAGCCAGAAGGACCGACCAUGGACAGGAAGACUCCCAGACCGAUCAAGACAGACACGUGGCUCGCAGACGCCUAGAUCUACCGGCCCAGUUAGACUUCCCAGACCUACAAAGCAGGAGCGGCAACUCCAUUUGAGACUCUAAGACCAGAGACCAGCGCUAGGAGCUCACGCAUUUACCCCACAAGGACUCCCAAGAGCCGGGCCUGUUCAUCAGCCCCCUCCCCCGCCAGGGUCAUGCCUGCUCCCUGCCCUCGAGCCGCACGGUCAGGGCAGGCAGGCCAAUGUGCAGGAGCACAGAUGACAUACAGAGGAGCCUGGGGGGAGGCAGCACUAGCAGAUGGGUUAAUGCUAUUGUCCACCCGGCGCUGUGAUCCAGAGCAACAGGGACCCUCCUACAUCCUCCGGCAUCGCCAAGCAAAGCUAGCCUCCGCCCUCUGCAGAGAGAAACUGAGACCCGUGGAAGGGAAGUGCCUGGAACACUAUAGAAGCCCCAGAGGUCUCUCUGCAGGGACACUGGGGAUCAUGAUGCCUGCCCUGCACACCCCCCUCAUUGCAGACGGGGGCACGGAGGCUCACAGUGCCUCAGGCCACACAGCAAGCCUGUGCACUGCUCAGGACCCCUAUCCUGGGACCCUUGUUCCCUGGAGCAGUUGUCCCUGUCCCCUGGCGAUUCCGGGCCUUAAAAGACUAGAGUGGGGAGGCUGCAAACUCAAAAGCCCACAGGGGCCCAGCAGGUAACAAAAUGAGCGCAGCAGGCCGGGUGGGAACCGGGUCCAUCUUGAGAGCAGGUGCCCCACCUGAAGGGGGCGCCAGCAGCAGCGAACUCAGCUCCAACUCUUACCUCCCCUCUCCCCCAGCAGGAAUGAGAUCUGCUGGAUCCUCUGGUUUCUGGUUGGUUUGUUUGUUUGUUUGUUUUCAGCAGAAUCCAGACAUCUAGAUUCCAGUGUGAAAUUUCUGGAUUCAAACUGUUAGUAACUGUUUUUAAAAAGCAACACGGGCCCCCCGAGAAGCCAUAUGUGGGAGUGUGAACUUUCGUGGUCUUCCACGGGGCGCUGGAGCAGGGCUCCCCAUUCCCGGCUUCAUCUGCACAGUGGGACCAUGCCCUCUUGCGUCACUGUGAGGUGGGAAUGUGUUCAUGGCUACCUGGCACCAAGCAGGGCACUGGGGCCACUGGAAUGGCAGCUCCCAUCUGUUGAGCUCUUUGUGUGCGCCGGGCUCUAUUCUGAGCACGUUAAGAUCCUCCCAUUUAUGUCUAUCAGGGUUCCAGCCGAGAAACAGAACCAGUAGCCGACCCACAUUGAGAGAUUCAUUGCCAGGAAUUGGCUUAUGUGGCCGUGGGGCUGGCUAGGCAGGUCUGACGUCCACCAGGCAGGCGGGAGACUCGCAGGCACGGAAAGCUGUUGUCCCCAAGCAGACUUUCUUCUGAGAAUCCUCCGUUCUGCUCCAAAGGCCUUUCAACCGACUGAAUCAAGCCCACCCAGAUGAUCGAGAAUAUUCUCAGCUGAUUAGAGAUGUCACUCGCAUGUACAAAAUACCUUCAGGGCAACAGCAGCUAGGGGUUUGACUGAUGGGGGACUCUGGUCUAGCCAAGCUCACGUGUAAAACUGACCAUCUCACCAUCUGAUCCCCACCCCAGCCCUGUGACGGGGGUGCCGUUAUCCCCAGCCUAGAGAGAGGGACAAGGAGACUCCAGUUAAGGAGCCUGCCUGAUUGAACACAGGUGGGGGGGCUAGAACCAGGGCUUGGGUGUCCCCACCACCCGCCUCAGACAGUGAGCAUCUUCAGCUGCUGUUACUAACGCCCAGCGUGGUUCCAGGGAGCUGACAGAGGCAGGAAAAAAGAAAGUGUAUUACAAAGUGGGUGACCAUGCCUGACCUUUCAUGGGGGAGGAGGCCCGUGAAGAGGGUAAGGAGUUAUUCUUUCAGAAAUGCAUUGAGAGGGGCGCCUGGGUGGCACAGUGGUUAAGCGCCUGCCUUCGGCUCAGGGCGUGAUCCCGGCGUUAUGGGAUCGAGCCCCACAUCAGGCUCUUCCUCUGUGAGCCUGCUUCUUCCUCUCCCACUCCCCCUGCUUGUGUUCCCUCUCU